CGGAGUGGGACAGCCAACAGCCAAAUGUUGGUCAGUGUCGCGCCGGCGCCAGAAUCGAUCGCAUGAAUCAGCGUUAAUGCCGCGAGCAUAAGAGUGUUAUUUGUUAGUAUUUGGACAUGUCCCGUUUUGCCACUGGGCUUCCUUCCUGUGAAUCAUGAAGUUGAGUACGGAGGUGCCAAUUUCAGUUCAGUGUAAAGCCCUGCCGGCCACAUGCGCCGCAAUCGCAACAUUGUAAAUACAUAACACAUAAAUGUAAUUAAAAAUUAACAGUCCGUAGUUUUAGUCUUAAUUCUAAGUGGUGCCAUAUUAAUAAACAUGGAUUACAUCGCGUCGUUUAUAACUUUUACAAUGUUUUGGAAAUUGUCAUGGAGUCUACAGUGCUACACUUGCAAUCCAGAACAGGCAUUGCUCUCCUGUCUGCAGUUCGACUACAGCAACAAAUACCUGUCGGAGUGUGAACAUUCUACAAUGUGCUUCAAAAAGGUCACAUCGCUCGAAUUUAGUCAGGGAUUGACAUCGGAGACUAUAACGCGGGGCUGCGCGAGUCAAACAGCGAAUGGAGAACAAAGGAGGAUCAAUGGCAAAUGGCGAGCGGUCCAGGACAUACACGAGGUGUAUGAAGAAACUUGUUUUGAAGAUCCGAGCAAUUCCGAGCGAUCCCCGAAUACCUUAUACUGUUACUGCAGGGGAGAUCGAUGCAAUGGUUCUGAUCAACUACUAGCGAAUUUGUUAGCAUUCGCUACUGUCAUUAUUUUAUGUGCUUUUAGUUAGUUCAAGACUUGAUACUGUAUUUAACAACGGGACGCUGAUUCACGUUGACCUCGUGUUGUCCAUUAGUGAAUGGUUUGAGAUCAAGAUGAGUAACUGAAUCUAAAAAGUGUGUCUAAAAAUCAGCUACGUUAUUUAAAGACACGCUUCACGAACAAAAAUUUAAUUCCCGAUAUUUUUAGACAUAAAAUAAUAUAAAUAAUAAUAGUAAAUAGAAAACUGACUCUUUUUUAAAUUGAUGUUUAUUAUGCUAACUUGAAGAUAGGAGCUUAUAUCAAAAUAUGCAUUUAUGUAUUGUUACUACCUACUCUAUUAUAAAGCUAAUUGGAUCAAAUUAGUCGGCACAAGUUCGAGAACGUUGUCAUUUGCGUUUUUGUUUUUUAAAUCUUAUUGGAAACAUUUAAUAUUAAUAAGAAGUAUGUACAAUUUUAAUAUAAUAUCCUAAUGAUAUGACUAAGUCACAAGACCGUAGAAAUAAUACAUUUCUAGUUUAAUGUCGCUUGUACCGCUAUAAAAUAACGGUGUCAUUAUUUAACAAUGUUUAGAUAUUUAAGGUUCUAUGUAAGAUACUCAAUAGUAACUAUCGUAAGACAUACUAAAUUUAUUGAAAACAACUACUAAUUCGCGUAAAUUAACUGAAAGACGCUCGACUAGUUUCAAGUCACAAUGGGACUCAUAUUCAUAAGCAGCGUGCACGUCGCAGCGCCGUCCAAAGUCGGCUGCGCGACGUUGCUUUUCUCAGUUAAUUCACGUGAGUUAGACGUUUUUUUUUCAAUAAAUUAAGAUCCUUAGUACUUAUAUACGGGUCUUUAUAUACUGCCAAUAAAUAGUUUUAAGUUAGAUGGACGAUUUUAUGAACAAUUCCAAAGAGCUUCGGACAGUGGUGCAUUGCUACAUAUACCUAUAUACGCAUUAUUGCUAGUCAAAGUUAUGUAAAGAUUGCAAGACUGUGAUUCUCUUUACGGACUUCAGGUAGGUAGUUAGAUACUUAAUUACUAUUAUGUU